AUGAACCUUCCCAGCCAUGGUUUGCGGGAGGUCUCGUUCAAGGACGGGACGACGAUCGAGAUCGGAUUUCCUGACAACCGCAUCAACAAUCUCUUCUGGGGGGACAUGCACCAUGAAGUUCUUGGCUCUCAGCUCUUCGUCGAUGCUCGCAACGGCCUGCGGGCGAGGUUGCAGUUCAGCCCGCCGGGGAGGAAGGGACUCCCCUCGGACUACUUCGAGGGCGUCAUCGAGCGGUUCGACCCGGCCAAGCCCCGAGGAGGAGGGGCAGGUGGUGUCGACGAUCGAGGGGUGAGGUAUUGGGACUUCCGUACCUUCAGCAAGGCUACUUCCUCCUCACCUCCUGCUCUCCUCCCGUCGGACUCUCGGCUCCGCCCUGACCGCAAUGCGCUCGUGGAGAAGAAUAUCAAGCUGGCGCAGGCCGAGAAGCUCCGGCUGGAGGAGGAGCAGCGGCAGCAGAGGAAGCUGCGUGAGCAGAAGAAGUGA